CACGAAGGGUCACCAUUACGGUGUAGCCUACUCGGCGCGGAUGCCUCGCAAAUGCGCAUAGCCGGCAAACGAAGCCUCCGAAGCCAGCUGCGCCCUGGGCACGAAGUAUUUUCGGCUUACGAACAGCACUGGACGUUGCAUCGCGCCCAGAAACACUUUAGAUUCUUUACGCGUUCCCAUUUAAAAGAACCAUAAUCCAGAGCAAAGCCCCCUCUUUCUUCACUUGACCGCCCUCAAUAUAAAUCUUCCCAUAUUGAUUUUAUCGCAUUUUUUAUUCAAGUGAGGUAUCGUACAUUGAGAUAUAGUAAGAGUGUGAUUUAGAUUUUGUUUUAUUUCGAGAUGUUUCAUGGUAUUACGCGUUUAUAAACUUAAUUAUCGUUGUGACGAUAAGAGGAAAUGUAAAUAGAGAGUGCUAAAGUGAACAGGUGUGCUUUGAACGGUUUGUGUUAGAUCGGCGAGAUCCGUUAAAAUGGUCGCUGGACCUAAGAGUUCUUUAGCCGGUGCUUUUGAAGCGUUUGGGAAGUGUGCAAAAAGUUCGUCUUUGGCUGAUUGUCUUCCCGAUGUUGAUUGUAAUGGAAUGGAGCAUGUGGUUUUUAAUUCCGCUGUCUAUGCAGCUAAAAAAUUUAACACAUUGGUGUAAGCUAAAUAUGGAGAGAAGUUCCAGUACUGAUUCAUUAGAGGAUCUAUUGAAUACUUUAAGUCCUGAUACGGACGAGAAUUUUAAUAUUGAGUAUGUAAACGGAUUACAAAGGUCAAGGGAACCGACCAAACCACAUGUGUUAGAAGAAAUUGGAGGAAAACUUGGUAAUUUAGAAAAAAAGAAUAUUGAUACGUGCGAGGCAAUUAAUCCAAAUAUAAUUGGUGAUUGUGAAAAGCGUGAUAACGUUGAUUUCAAUGGUGGUUCAAAACAACUUAAAACAAGUCGAUCGCAAAGUGUUUGUUCUUUCGUGGAGGACGAUGUUAUUAAUCAAUUUUUGGAUAAAACCAACGAAAAUGCUGAAGCUCGUAUGUUGGCAAAAAGACAAGCUCGUGCGGAAGCCAGAGAAUAUCGUAUGCGAGAACUUGAAAGACAACAAAAAGAACAAGAAGAAAACGCGGAUAGACAAUUUGAUAUGCUUACCGAACCCAUUGCAAGAGCUGCCAGAACUACAAGUUCGCGGUAUAUGUCCAGUAGAAGAAGUUCGGAGGAUUCACUUGAAGACGCUGGAAGCAUUCGCGAAUUAAAACAUGAACUCAAAGAAGUUGAAGAAAAAUUCCGAAAAGCCAUGGUGGCUAAUGCGCAGCUUGAUAAUGAUAAAGCUGCGCAAACUUAUCAAUUAGAACUACUUAAAGACAGAUUAGAAGAAUUGGAGGAAGAACAUUCGCAAUUACGUAGAGAACAUAGGGACAAGUGUCGAGAACACGAUCAAUUAAAACGAUUGAACGGAAGAUUAAACGACGAUUUGGCUGUGACGAAAGCAGAGCUGGAAGAGCGCGAUAGAUUAAUUACCGAAAAAGGUUUAAUUAUCGUCGGCGAAGAGGAAGUCCAAGUGAACGAACAACCUGUGACUUCUGAUGCUGCUACUUGUAACGGUCUUGGUACGCCAAAACGGGCUUUGGUGAGUGUGGAGAAUGCACAACUUUUGGAGGCAGCCGGUGAAGGUAGUUUAGAUGUCCGGUUGGCUCGUUUUGCCAAAGAAAAAAGCGAACUUCAAGAUCAAAUAAGUCAUCUACGUUUAGAAUUGGAAGAGGAAAGGAGUAAAAGAAGAAAAUCAAACGCGUCUGGCAUUACUCUAAACGGUCCAACAUCCGAAGCAGAUUUUGACAUGAUGGAUAUGCAAAGAGAAGUCUCAAAACAACUUGCUGAAUAUAAAUUUCGUUCACAAAAAGCGGAACAAGAUGUCGCAACUCUUCAGGCGAACGUGGCGAGAUUGGAGAGUCAAGUGAUUCGGUAUAAAGCCGCGGCGGAAAUGUCUGAAAAAUCGGAAGAGGCGCUCAAGUCGGAAAAACGGAAGCUUCAAAGAGAGGACUCGUUAAAUACUACUGCUAGUUCAUUUGAUGAUGAAAGUAUAUGCGAUGAUUCUAGAGGCUCGGGAAGCUAUGAAUAGAGCGGAGGAGUUAGAAACGUCGAAUACGCACUUGUUAAAGCGACUAGACAAAUUGAAAAACGCGAAAUCAGCACUUUUAAAAGAGCUUUGACAAUCAACGGAGAAAUAGUUGGACGUAUAAAA